AUGGGGGAGUCGAAGCCAGAUUACAAGGUUCUUAUCAAUGAACCGAACGAGUCUCCAUCCCCUCCGCCUCAUCGAGGUCCCAGUGUCGUGGCUCCUUCCAUCAUCACCCUUUCACCGGCCAUGCGGGCGGCAUUGCCUAUAGCCAGUUACUGUUUCGCCAGUAUUCUUAUGACCAUCACGAAUAAAUACGUAUUAAGUGGAUACGAAUUCAACAUGAACUUUUUACUAUUGACAGUUCAGAACGUGGUGACGGUGGCAUUACUGCAGAUCUUCAAAUUCUUCAAUCUGAUCAAGUUUCGCGAGUUUGACAAGGACGAAGCGCGUAAAUGGUUCCCUAUUGCCCUGUCACUCGUCGCUAUGAUAUAUACUGGAUCAAAAGCGUUGCAGUUCCUGCGAAUUCCCAUUUACACCAUUUUCAAAAAUUUAACUAUUAUUCUGAUCGCUUACGGCGAAGUCAUCUGGUUUGGUGGCAGUGUUACUCGCUUGAUGUUGAUCUCUUUCGGUCUUAUGGUUUUAUCUUCUGUCGUGGCCGGCUGGGCAGACAUCUCCGAUACAUUGUCAGCCAUCGUAGAACUUGAUACCGCCUUCAUUGGUUACUUUUGGAUGACUACCAACUGCCUGUCAUCCGCCGCCUUUGUGUUGUACAUGCGCAAACGAAUCAAGUUGACCAACUUUAAAGAUUUCGAUACUGUAUAUUACAACAAUUUGCUCUCGAUUCCAUUGCUGAUCAUUCCUAGUCUCAUUUUCGAGGAUUGGAGCGCCGAAAAUUUGCAAAGAACAUUCCCCGUCGAUAUCCGUCAGCAAAUGAUUUAUGCCAUGGUUUUCUCCGGUGUCUCUGCUUUUGCCAUGUCUUAUGCAUCGGCUUGGUGUGUACGAACAACGUCAUCAACAACUUAUUCCAUGGUGGGUGCAUUGAACAAAUUGCCCAUUGCCGCAUCAGGCAUCCUUUUCUUUGGCGAUCCCGCUUCCAUUACCAAUAUCUGUGCCAUCAUACUAGGAUUCGUUGCUGGUCUCGUUUACAGUUAUGCGAAAACCAUCGGUAGCAAAUCCUCCUCUGGAUCACAAAGCAUUCCCAUGUCGUCUUCCAGCCAAAGUGCCGCCGAUGCGAACAUCGAAGCGUCGAGAACACAGCACAGUUUCCAUUUCCUACCUACAUCGGAUCAUCUCGUUCCUAUCCAUACUUUACGUCAACGUUUUCUGGAUAUAUGGCAUUCGCUGACAUGGACCGUUGUAUUAAGGAUCAUCAAGGCCAAUAUUGCCGUCACCAUUGCUCUGGGCCUGCUAUUUGUCGAACCCAUUCGUGAAAAAGUAGGUCUAGGCGGUGUUCUGGCUUGCGUUGCCGUAGAAUUUGUGCAUCCCGCUAAAUCAUACGGAUUCAUCAGUGAGGACAUCGUUUUCGGUGCCUUUAUGUGUACGGUUUCCGCCGGUUGGUCGUUAUUAGGCACCUACUGCGCUUCACUCGCUCGAAAUCCGACAAGCGCCUUUGAACAAGCCAACGUCGGUGGCAUGCUUUCAGCAACCAUCAUGGUCAUCAGUCUUACAACAGCCGUACUUGAUCACCAAUGGAAUCCUUACGCUGUCGAUGGCUUUGUUCAGAUCCGGUCUCAGGAAGCCACCACCCACCAUCCCUUGUCGAAUUUCGGAUCCAAGGAAGCGCCGGAAUCCUUGGUGACGAUCCAUACAACCAUUGAUACCAUGCUUUCGGCACUCAUUGAAAAGAAACGAAUCGUUCGACGCGAAGCGUCUUAUAAUUGCAUUGCACCCGGAGAUGUGAGCGAGAUGACGAAACUGGUCAAAAAUCUGCGGAUUCCCCUGCAGGGUAUCGGCCUAAGUCGGGCCAUGGAAAGCAAUAUGCGCAAAGCCGAAUUAAGAAAUCGCCUUGCAGCCAAGAUGAAACACUUUGCCACCCAUGAUCAUCUCGAUCCAAUGACAACAGACGAUCAAGACGAUGGUAUCCAACUUGAUGAAAAAUACGCGGCGGCCGAACAAAAGUUGGCCUCUGGACAAUCCAGUAACGAACGCGAUCAAACGACCAUUCGACUUGAUUCGGCCGCUUUCCAACCCAGUGCGUGGCGGCAAGACUAUGACGAGCUGUUGAAAACUGUGCGUCCGAAUUAUUUGGAUUUACGGAAAGCAUGCUCUACAGCGAUCGAUGAAUGCAUUCAUCGAUUGCGACGCAUUCAGAGCCUUGAUCCCCGGCUUGAAGGGCGUCCAUUUUUCUUUCGCUACUUUAUCAAGGCGAACAAAGGCGGUGCUCCGGCACCUGCAGAUUACGCCAGGCAUGUAGACCCUUCAGAAGCCUUGUUGUCUGCUAUCCACCGGUUUGAUAGAUGCCGACUGAAGGGUCUGGACCGUUUAUUCUCAGAAGACCACACGCCCCACCGUGCAUUGUUUAUGAUGUUGUUAUUCCAAUGUGAUCUUCGUGGUUACGCAGAAUCUGUGUACACACUGACUUCUCUGAUUUAUGAGAUGGAUCACGGACGUACCAAGCGAAAAUUUUGGUUACCGCAUCUCCCUCUUCGUAAAAUACUUCGACAGAAAGUGAAUUUAGCCGAUUCAUACGAUCUUGACACGCCUGGAGCCAUUACUGAAAGCAAUGCACUGACACUUCAGCGAACGUUGUCUGAACAUAAUGCGCGACUCCAAUCCGUGGAUUUUGACUCGUGUCACGCAUUAUCCACCCCGCAACGAGGACGAUUACUUUCGCAUCCCGAAGUCUUAUCCCCCAACCCCCAACCCACCGUCGAUAUGUCGCACGUAGCCCUUCACCGUCCCAACAGUGCCUACCAGGAAACCCUGGAAUACCUGAAUUACCAUGAUCCGGACGUCGCGUUUCCUACUACUCCAUCCCAGCGCUUCUUCUAUACAUGCUGGCGCUUCUGUGUGAACAACCUUUACACGGCCGAUACAGCCUUUGCUUUCCGAGCGUGCAUCGUCGUGGCGGCGUUGUCAUUGCCUGCAUUUCUCGAAGAGUCAGUCCACUGGUACAACGGUGCCCGAGGUCAGUGGGCGGUCAUUGUGGCCCUGAUUUGGAUGGGACCAUCCAUUGGCAGCAACUUUUUCGGGACGAUGGUCCGCACCGUAGGCACCUUCAUUGGAGCCGUGAUGGCUUUAAUUAUAUGGGAGAUUGGCCAAAGAACGAUUUACGGUAUCCUGAUAGCCACCUUUAUCUUCAAUCUCCCGUGGUGGUUGAUCUAUCUCAACGGCAAGUUUUGGAAAGCCACCGGCAUGUUUUCCUUGAUUACCAUUUCACUCAUUAUUGGAUAUUCCUACAACUACAUGAAAGAUCAUUCCAAUGUAUCUGUUUAUGAAGUCACAUAUCAGCGUACCUUGUCUGUGCUAGCCGGCGUUCUUGGUGCAUUGCUCUUGUCCAUUUUCCCGUAUCCACGCACGGGCCGUGUGGAGUUGAGACAUCGUGCGGCGCGUACGUUGAAUGAAAUUGCUACUUUGUAUUCAUCCUUUCUAGCCUUGCUUUUGAAGAACUCGCAGUCGGAUAACAAGGUGCGUCUCACUAAUCAGAAGCUAUUCAGAGCCAUUGCGUCUUCCAUUCGCCAGCAGAUCAAGGGCGAGCGCGUAUUAUUGGAACAAAGUCGGUUUGAGCCGGCUUUGCGCGGUGUAUUCCGCGAAGAUCAGUACGUGCAAAUGCUACAAAUCUUUGAUAACAUGCUCAACUUGAUGCUGGAGAUGGAGUAUUCAUUAUCCAAGGUCGAUAUAAAAUGGCGUUCGGAGCUUGUAGAUUAUACCUGGAAAGAACGAAGAGACAUGAUCGCGUCCUUUCUCACUUCACUUCAUCUUGCGGCUAAUGCGCUCAUCAAUAAGACAGCCUUGCCACCCUUCAUACUAAGACCUACCAAGGCGCGUCGGAUAUUGACAAACAAAGCUCGUAAGCUGCCGCAUUUAAAACCGGAACAUCUGACCGCGCCAGAAUAUACCUAUUACAGCGCUUACCUCAUGAAUUCUGAACAGCUGGCCGUGGAAAUUGAACUGCUCGUUGCCACUGUUCAAGAAUUGGUAGGUCCUGACAGCGUCAAUCGAUGGCUACAAUAUAGACCCUCUCAUAUUCCUGCAUAA